AUGAAGUCAAUCAUAUCUUCUUUGUUUGCUCUCUCUUUGCUUUCACUAUCAUCAGCACAUGCUCAAUGCCAUUUCCCAGCAAUCUUCAACUUCGGCGACUCUAACUCCGACACCGGCGGCCUCUCCGCUGCUUUUGGCCAGGCUGGUCCUCCUCACGGCUCUUCCUUCUUCGGCUCACCUGCUGGGAGGUACUGUGACGGUCGCCUUGUCAUUGACUUCAUAGCUGAGAGUUUUGGAUUGCCAUAUCUAAGUGCGUUUCUAGACUCGGUUGGUUCAAACUUCAGCCACGGUGCUAACUUUGCGACGGCUGGAUCUCCCAUAAGAGCUCUCAACUCCACUCUUCGUCAAAGUGGUUUCAGUCCAUUUUCACUUGAUGUUCAGUUCGUACAGUUCUCCAAUUUUCACAACAGAUCCCAGACAGUUCGCAGUCGCGGAGGAGUUUAUAAGACGAUGCUGCCUGAAGCCGACAGUUUCUCACAGGCAUUGUACACUUUUGACAUUGGACAAAACGAUCUCACUGCUGGUUACUUCGCCAAUAAAACCGUGGAACAAAUUGGAACUACCGAUGUUCCUGAGAUCAUUAGCCAGUUCAAGAAUACUCUCACAUAUAUUUACGCACAAGGAGGGAGAUACUUUUGGAUUCACAAUACAGGACCUAUCGGUUGUUUAGCGUAUGUGAUCGAAUGGUUUCCGCUUAAAGCAUCAGAGUUUGACUCACACGGAUGUGCCUCUUCCUUGAACCAUUUGGCUCAAAAAUUCAAUGACGCCUUGAAACAAGCAGUGAUAGAGCUUAGAGCGUCCUUGUCUGAAGCCGCCAUAACUUACGUAGAUGUCUACUCUGCUAAGCAUGAGUUGUUUGUUCACGCACAAGGUCACGGGUUCAAGAGAUCAUUGGUUUCAUGUUGCGGUCAUGGAGGUAAGUACAACUACAACAAGAACAUUGGAUGUGGGAAGAAGGUUACUGUGAAAGGCAAAGAGAUUUACAUUGGGAAGCCGUGCGAUGAGCCUGGCAAGGCUGUGAUAUGGGACGGUGUGCACUUCACGCAGGCUGCUAACAAAUUUAUAUUUGAGAAGAUUUCACCCGGGUUGAGCAUGGCCUGUCAUAGGCAGUGACAAAAACAAAAAGAAGAGAAAAGCUCUGCUUCUUUUAAUGAAUUUGUUUUUAUAAUUUCUUGGACUCAUGUGAUUUGGCUCUCACUGAUAUGAGCUUAUUGAGAAUGCAGUAAGAUUUUUGGUGAGAAAGGUUUC